AUGUUCAAAGUAAUUCAGAGGUCUAUGGGGCCAGGUAGUCUGAUUCUGCUCGCCUUCCAAGUCUACACAUCACCUAAAAAGGACUCACCUCACAAAACUUUCAUCAAGGUUAGUAAGUUUUCACUGUACUCCAUUCCCGAGGGUCAAUCUAAAUAUGUAGAGAAGCCAAAGACCCAACUUGAAAGCAUCUCACAUCUUCAACAUUACUGUGAGCCAUAUACAAGUUGCUGUCCAGAAAUACACCCACAAACUAAGCCUAAGAUGCAGAGCUUGGUUCAGUGGGGGUUAGAUAACAAUGAAUAUCUCCAAAAUGCACCUCUUGGAUUUUUUUUCCAAGAGCUAGUGUUGGUUUUGCUGGCAUUGUUGGACUUCUUUUGGCUAAGAGGUUCAAAAACAAAGAAGCUGGUGUAUCCAUCUGGGUUCAUGGGAUUACCUGCCUCUCUUUAUUAUCCACAACAAGCCAUCAUAUUUGUCCAGGUCAGUGGGAAGAAAUUAUAUGCCUGUGGUUCAUGA